AUGAGGCUGCAGCGGCAGUUGCUGCCCAAGAAGGACUUGACCCUUCAGACUGCCCUGGAAGAAGCCCAGCAUCAGAAAUGUCAGAUAAAUCCACUGCUGAUAUCCGGAAAUUCCAUAACCCUGCCAACCAGACCUCAGGGGCAAACCCGUAUCCUGUCCCGGUUGUCCAGCACUUGCUCCAUUCCCUGGGCCCAGGCGCUGUUUUUGCCAAGCUGGAUUUGGCUCAGGCUUACCAGCAGCUCCCGGUGGACGGACGAUGCUUCGGCACAGGUGCAGACCAUUGUGACCCACUGGGGAGCUUUUAAGUGCCGGUGCCUUCAGUUUGGCAUCAGCAUUGCUCCUGGGUUGUUCCAGAAUCUGAUGGCAGAGCGGUUACUACAUGGGGUGCCGGGUAUCGUGCCCUAUUUUGAUGAUGUUCUCGUAUCCACUGGUUGUCGGAGUGAACUCAUCGAGAGGGUGCGGGCCGUUCUGACACGGUUCCGUCAGUCUGGCCUCAAAUUGAAGCGGUCCAAAUGUGUGAUUGGCGUCCCUCAGGACAACCUAUUUAAGCCACUCCAGGAUUGGAACACAGUCCCAAUUCUGCAGUGCGCCGAGGACCCACAGAUUACUUCUAACAGGCACCCAACCCCGUCCCAGUCCUUUCUCGUGAUGCUGCUGUUGCUCAUUGCCCUCUCUCUGAGCUGGAGUCAGAUGCCCACGAGUGGAGAGGUGGUGAACUCUUUUCAAGACCAUUGUCCUCAGUUUUUCCUCCGAGAAACUCCGCCACUUAUCAGGCUCCCUCCAAGCCCUGUCCGCAUUUGCCAGCGUUACCAAAACCUGUAUCGUUUCGCCACUUUGUAUGAUAAAGACAACCGCAUCCCAGUCUAUUCGGCGUAUGUCUACAACCCUGGGAAGGCUAAGAGACCCAAAAAAUGGAUGGUUGAACCUCAGCUCAUCAACUCCACGUUUCAAAAUGAAAUGGAAACGGAAGGCGACUUCUUGAAUAAAAAGGGCCCCCAAGAAGCUCUGCGCAACAGCCAGGCCAUCUUGCAAGAUUACAAGAACCUGACCGAUUGCAACAGGGGCCAUCUUAACCCAAACGGACACCAGCCUAACUACAGCGCCAAGUCUUCCACCUUCACCCUGACAAACAUCGUCCCACAGUUCAUAAAACUCAACGGCGGAGCCUGGAACAACUACGAGCAAACCACCAUGCUGCAGAUGACCGAAGGAUGCCAGGAGACGUUUGCGUUGGUGGGCGCGGUACCAGGAGACACCUAUAUAGCUGGAGGGAGGGUCAACAGGCCCAGCCAUUUGUGGUCUGCAGCCUGUUGUGUGAUAGACAACAAUCACCUUCGAUCCUGGGGCAUCCUUGCCAGGAAUGACCAAAACGUGGUGAAGAAGUUCACUCUGGGCCAGUUGGAGGCUCAGCUCGCACAUCUGUAUAAUGUAAAUCGUGUCUCUCUGUUUCAUAGAGACUGUCCCCGGCAAUAAAUUAUGCC